UUUCACACAGGCUGCUUCGGCUUUUUCCGGACGUUUCCGCCCGCGGCUCGGCUUUUUCCGGACGUUUCCGCCUCUUUUCGGUGGGCUACUCGGGUUCGGCCGCCUUCAGAUGUCGGACGCGCUGGCCGCCCGCUUUGAAGAAGCCUCCGAGGCCGGGGGGCUCGGCGAUGACGACGGCGGCCGCGGAGGGUCUGAAAAGGACGGGAAGCGCCUUUCGCCUUCCUCAGAGAAUGAAGAUAUAACUCAACGGCCAGAACCAACAUCACAGACAGCAAUCACUUCAGGAAAUGAUGCCUUGCCAUGCAGGCUGCAGAAUGGGUCAUCUCUAAAUGAAGAUACUACAAAGGAUUUUAAAUGUGUUGGAAAUCAUGAAGAGCAAGAUGUAGCAGGAAAGGAGAUCCUAACAGAUCAACUCGAACAACAAAAAGAGGAGGCCGUAGUGCAGAUGACAAAAUAUCCUGCCCCACAAGGGCCAGGGGAUAUAGUCAUGAUACAAUCAGAAUACACUGGCGCAGUGGAUGUCCUCUCAGCAGAGCUAGAAACUACAGACCUGCUGGGUGAGCAGAAAAAAGCUCAACCACCUCCUCUGAUUCCACCAACCACUUGGACAAGCUCCAAGAUAAGAGAGUUCAAAAUAAAGAUGGCAAAGGAAAAGAAUGCCCGAAUGGUGGUAAAACGGGGUGAGGUGUUAACUGUCCGGGUGCCAACCCACCCUGAUGGAAAGCGUGUCUGCUGGGAAUUUGCCACAGAAGAUUAUGACAUUGGCUUUGGGGUGUAUUUUGAUUGGACCCCCAUUACUAGCACUGCCAUUACUGUCCAGGUCAGUGAAUCAAGUGAUGAAGAAGAUGAAGAAGAAGAGUUUGAAGGACCUAUUCCUGUUGGUGAUGUGGAAAGGGGCUCCAAAAGCUAUUUGAGAAGCCGUUAUGGAGAGAUCAUGCCAGUCUACCGAAGAGAUAGCCACCUGGAAGUGCAAGUAGGCAGCCAUGAUUAUCCAGGCGAAGGCAUCUACUUGCUCAAAUUUGAUAAUUCGUACUCCCUCCUACGCAACAAGAUUCUCUUCUUCCAUGUCUAUUACACCAGCUAAAUGAGGUUGGAGUGGGUGGGACAUGAAUCACUGAAGCAAGGUCUGUGAUGAGAGGUACCAGUUGUCAGCUAAAUCUUGUAUGCAUUUCUAUGUAUGUGGAGAUGACUUCUUUCUACUAUGCUUCACUAAUGUAGUGGAAGCAAUCUCUGGCAGCUCCACUUUGUUUUAUGCAGACACCAUGCUGGAAUUUUAGCUGCAGCAAAGCAAGUCACUGGACAUAAGGUUCAAGUGUCUGCUUUUCCUUUCUAUUGCACUUGUAUGAACUGAGGUUGAAAUAUGCCUUUUACUUUUUAGAUAACCAUAUUACCACCUUCUAAUAUACUUGCUGCAAAAAUUCACUUUGCUCAACUGCCAAAGCAGCCUGUAGAACUGAGUCUAGAACUGUGCUGUUACUGUGAUGUGAUGCACUGUCAUUUACUUGGUCCCUAAGAAGCUUGUGAAAUAGAAUGUAAAUAGGCCUUCCACACCACUGGAAGUGUGCCUUCUUUCUUCUGUCUCCAGCAACACUGGAAUGUUCAGUGCUAGGUGCAGCUGGUUUUCAAUUUUUGAAAUGUUUGGAUUUCACAGCUUGACAUAGAUCAGUUCCCAGAGUUGAUCUGAGAGUCCAGGCAUCAUGUAUUCUCUCUAAAUAAGGGAGUAAAAGAACUAUGGGAGAAGGAAAGAUAAACCAGAGUGUUCUUUUUUUGGAGAAUAAUUGAAAAAAAGCUGUCACCAACCUUGCUCUUCUGCUCCUGCACACCUUUUAAGGCACAGUGAACUACUCUGUUGAUUGGCUUUUUGCAUGAAUUUAGAGCAGCUUUAAAUAAGGUUGCCAAAUUGACCAGAAAAGUACAAAAUCCUUCAAUAAGUGGAUGCCCAUGAGUGACAAGUUUUUAUUUCCACUGAAUGUGAUAUUUUUGGUAAUUUUUUAAAAAUUGCAUCACCCCAUCUAGUCACUAAAAUUGAAGCAAUCUGUUCUCUGCUGCUCUUCUUUUCUAAUAAAUCUAUAGUCUGGAUAUGAUUAUAUAGUUGUAGUGUUUCCUCAUGUUUACCAUGCUGCGCCUUGGCCUCUCACCAGUACGAAUUUCCAAACAGAAAAAGACUGUAAUAUGCAGGCGUAUCUGUUCCCAGUCCCCAUCCCAUCCUGCCGCACCCCAGGCAGAACAGGAAGUGACAGUUUGCAAUCAUUGACUAGCACAUUAGCCCCUUUUCUGCUCUGUUUUGGGAUUUGAAUUCUUAGUCCUGAUGAUAAUUCUGUAAUUUGUGCAGAUUGUGAUAUGGUAUGGUUCCCCCAAUGGCCCUGAGCCUUAUUUUUGACAUCCAUAGUUGAAGAUCUCAGGUCUAUCAGUAGUCAGCAAAAGAGCCUCUUUCCACAUAAGCCUGUGGAGUUAUUCAACGUUGAGAUGCUAUUGCCAAUACAGUAUUUAAUACAGUGUAAGUAGCACAAUUACCUGUACAUAUCAGAGUUUGGCAAUUGCAUGAUCUAUCAUUCACAGCUCAGGUCUUAUAGAGUGUAUGUGUGUAGGUUAGGUUGUCUCUGCAGCAGAGAACUUAAAAACGUAUACAAAGAUUUCAGAUGCAAAUUUGGAUAUACUUUUCAAAAUGUUUGUGAUAUUUUGUCUAAUGUGUUUGCAUGAUUCUUUACUCGAUUACAGCAGACACUCAUAUUUAUCAUGGAUUUUCUAGGGAAAGUGUUUGUUGAUAAGGUUUAGUGAAAGACAUGUAAAGCCAAAGACUUCACCUUUUAGUAAGGCUUAAUGAUUCUUUGGCAUAUGUUCUUUCCCAAAUGAAGCAAAUUACAUAGCUAGAAAAGUAAACAGGGCAGGGAAAGACUAUUGUUUGCAAUUAACACAACUUUAACAGAUAAAAGCUUCAAGGAGUGAAAGCCUAAGUCUUUCAAGCAAUGAAAAGGAGAAAUAAACAGGGGCCCCUGCUAAUUUUAAAAGAGUGGGUUAUGUUGCUUAGUUUCAACACAAUUUAUUUUUCCUCAGCAUGUGAUCGGGGAAUAAAUAAAUGAUCAGCUUGUUGUGGGCCGAUAACAUGGAAAAAAGAAACAACUUUCAUUGGUUUGGGGUGAAAAAUGGUAGCAUUCUAGUACCAAUAUAACUGAAAACUCUUUCGCUUAAAGGAUAGCACAUAUAUUUCUUUCUUCAUAAAUGAGCUGGCUAGGAGCUGAUUCUUGAAAGCUAUCUCAAAAAGCCACCCCCUCUGUCUCCUUUUUGAAUAAUCCCCAGACAGCCUUUUAACAACCUAUUCCCUGAAUAUGUACUGUAUUUAAGCCAUAAUUAUUUAUUAUUUGAAGUAUUUUCCAUUGAAAGCUGAAUCUAUUUAUUUUCUACCCUAUAUGGUAUGUACAUAGCCCAUUGUCUAUGCGUCCACAAGGGCACUGCUUUUUUACGAAUUGGAAAUGAUGGCUACUUAUCUUAUUUAAGGUUCUGCUUGAAUAGGAGACAUAGGAAAAAAGUCUGUAUAUUAGGCAUGCAUGUUUUAGCUACGUUUGUGUGUGCUUAAUUGCUUAAGGACUUCUUUUUUCCCCUCCUUUCUUUCUUUCUUUUUGCCAAGUAAUAUGGAACUGUAUUACAUGUGCUGUCCCAAAAUAUAGGAAACAGGGUCUUCUUCCUGGCUGGCAGCAGUUGAUUUUGAAACAAAGGAUAGUAUUUGGAAGUGGUUGGUUUUUUUUUAAAGAGUAAUGCUGGUCUUGCUGCUAAGGGCUGCUUGAGAGUAAACUCCAUAAAACCUGCAUGAUCACAUCCUUCUCCUUCUCAAAGGUUUUCAAACUUGUGAGGGGCACUGACGUAUACUGUAUAUCCUAUCCAGAUACUAUCCAAAAUAUCCUAUCCAAAUACUGGCUGGAUUGAGACUUGCUCAGCCAUAGAGAUGGCACCAAAUCACCAUGUCCCAAAGGUUAGCCUCUGUUCACACCUUAAAUUAUUGCAAGCAAUAUAAAUCUUCAUAAGUUUCUUGGUUCACAGACUGAAAAUCCAUGGAGGCCUCUGCCACUCAUGCUGAGGGCAACAUCUAGGACAAGCAUACAUCCUAGUUUGGAAGUGGCCACAGUUAUUUUUCAUUAUUUUUAUGUGCAUUGUUGUAUAUGGGGAAGAAAUACAAUUUCAGAGAGGUCAGCUGUGGUUUCAAAAUGGUUGACAUGUAGGAUAGAUAUUUUCUAAAAUAAAAAUAAUUAUAUGAGUAUCUUUAUAUUUUAUGCACUUUGACACUUGCUCCCCUUGUUCUCUGUGACUGAUACAAAGCAAUUGGCUAAUUCAGUAACUUUCAUAGUGCAGUACAGAAUUAGCACAAAUAGGUUAGAAUGAAAACUAUAUAGCAAUUAAAAGAUGGGGAGGAGACAUUCAUGUCUAACAUCCAAUCUAGUUAGCUCUUCAAAAAGGUUUUCUUAUUUUGUGGCUCUUCACCAUAUAGUUUUGCCUUCUUUUGCUUCUUCCAUUUAUAAAAACCUCAUAAAUGAAUGUUGUUAGUAUAUUUAUUUCUUCUAUUUAUUGCUGCAGUCAAAUUCCAUUUAGUCAGGUUUCUGUACUCUUUCUCUUUUGUACUACAAAGAAGGAUACUAGAUAGAUAUAACCAUGUGUGCAUGUGUGAUCUGUUCUAAGGAUCCCUUAAUACUACUUGGAGAAAAUUAAAAUUGCCUUGAUCAUUUAAUUAAACUGCUUAAGUGUGCCAGGAAACUGAUUAACGAAGAACUAUGUGAUAUAAACCAAAGUCUUCAAUCCUGUGCUAAUGUACCUGGGAGUAAGUACCAUUGAGCUCAGUGGCUUUUAUGUCUAAACAGAAAUGUAGAAGAUUGUAUUGUAGGUCUCCUAGCAUUCCACGGUCUUGUGCCUUCAAAGCAUAUUCCUGUUACCCCUUUCCUGCAGAGCCAUUUUAGCACAGUUCAUUAGAGUGAUAGGAACAUAAGAUUUCUGACUAUUUUGUUUGGAUGAAGAGGCAAUGUACACUUUUAGUUGUUCAUUCUCUACCACUCAGCACUGUGACUCCAAGACAGAAAUCCAUGCAGGUGAAGAACUUGUGCAUUGUUUAUCUUGUGGACAGAAUUCAAAGACACAGCCUUUCAGUAUACAAUUCAAAUAUCAGAAUGUAAAGGGAUCUUGUAACAUCUUUGUGAUUAACUGAGCAAAAGAAAUAGUAGCAUACGAUUUCAUAGACUUAGGCCCAAAGCAGAUGGGCCAAAAGGAGCAGCUUCCAACUGCUUUGGUGGUGUGGCAUGCAGAUGAUGCAUGCCCCUAGAGUGGCUGGAAGUUGCACUGGGGUUGCCUAAGGUGGCCCGAAGCUGCCAGCAAAAGGAGUUGUAAAAAAACAAUUCUGGUCGCCACGGUCCCAGGCCGAUUGGGGACUGAUUGUGGCUGGAACAGCAAGAGGCCGCUCUUAGUCAUUCAUCUGUUUCACUCCUUAGUCUGCUUCCUCAGAUGCACUAGUUCACUCCAUGCAUCUGUGGAUGUAGACUAACUCUGCAAAAGCUUAUGCUUUGUCUUGUGGUGAUGACUAUUUUGGGGAAAUCAGUUGGACAAACAGUCUAUCUGAUCUUAAAGCAUGCUGUGAUCCUAAGUGUCUGUUUUCCCCCCUCUGGUUUGUUGUCCACUGGCCAGUUGAUAACAGUAAAUCCUAGAAAGCAAGAUGAACGUGUUUUGGGAGCGAGCAGAGGCAUUGGCAAAGGAAGUGCAGCUUCGGAAUACUCCACUUCCAUAAGAAGAAAUUAAGACAAAACUUUGAAAAUUCCUGAUCUUGAACAGAGAUCAGUUACAUCCUUGCCUAGUUCUUUGACCCAAGAAAUCUGAUGAUGUAAGAGAACCCCUGAAAAAUGUUAAACUGUGACACUGUUCAAAGAAACAACUCUGGGGAAUGAUCCACAUCCUUGGCUCAAUUUAUGUUGAUGUGUCAGAACGUUCAUGGAUGCAUAUCUAAGGGCUGGAACAGACCGGCAAAAUACGCCAGCUUCCUGGUGCCUUGGGGGCAUGGCAUAUACACGACACAUGUCCCCAAGCCAUCAAAAAGCUGCCAUGAAGCAGCCUGGCUGUUUACACGGUGGCAGCUUUCCGGCACUAUGGUGGUGCAGAAUUUAGACGCUGCAUGCCAGAGGAGUGCCAAAAAGCCGCAGAAGCAGCAAAAAGGGUGCCUUUUUCUGGUGCAAAAAGGAGCGGCAUUUUACUGCUUCUUUUUGUGCCAGAAGAAAGCCGGAUCGGGGUUGUAGUGUGCCGGUCUGUUUCAGCCCUAAGUAUCUUUAUUUUGGAGGAAGCUGUUUUUAUUUCUGACUAAAGGAUUGUGUAAGGUAUAAAACUGCUAUGUGAGAACAAUGGCAUACAACAUUCUGGCUGCAAUCUGAAGAGUGUGAUGGGAAUUCUUAAAUACUAUUGCCCAGUGCCAUAUGAAAACAAUUUUUAAAUCAGUUUUUGAUGUAGCUACCUUAUUUAGAGUUCAUCAGUGUGACCCAGUACAGUCUCAUCUGAAUAUUGGCAUCUGAACCAUGACAGGUAUCAAGAAAAGGUUAUCCCCAACAUUGCAACUAACAUCCUUUAAUUAGAUGACAGGAUUUGAUUAUCUUUACCACUGAACUGUGAUCCCUUCAGACUGUUUUGGAACUCUUUCAAAUUUUAAGACCAAUUUGUCAUUCAGAAUGGGAGACUUCUAUUCAAGAAACACAAAUGUAGUAAAAAAUGUACAUAGCUAUGUACAGAAGCUUUUGGCUGAUAUGCCAUCUAUGGAGUAAUCUUUCCCUAAGACACCACUAGAAUGCACUGACAGAUACUUUUAGAGUUAGUUUUGUUUUCUCUUUGAACAUUCAAGCCUGAAUAAUUCUGCAUAAUUCACGUCCAGCAUUUUGAACAUGUAGUUGGCAGCAUCAGCUAGGUGUUUACUCAUGUGUCAUUAAACAUUUGUGGGUAUAGUAAUGGACAAGGAGUCAAAGGUAUUAUUCUUUGACUGCAACUCCCACAACUUCUGAUCUCAAAUGGCCAGUGGACAUGUUGUCUGGGAUAUUCUGCGAGUUGUAAACCAAUAAAGCUUUUCUGGGUUCUAGAAGAUAAUGGCUAAACCCAGCUUGAGAGAUGCAAAAUUUUUAUAGAAUGUGAUGCGUAGGAUUAGACUGCAUUAUGCAAUACCAGUCAGAAUGCCAAUCUGGUGCUCUUUUUCUGCAGCCUAUGAGGUUUGGUUUGUGGUGGUCCAUAUGGUACAAUUCCUUCUCCUCUUAAUCUGUAAUUUUAUACACAAACAUGCUGCUUGUAUUUUCCCAUGCGUUUUUUCCCUUUUAAACUGAAAUGGUAUUUGUUACGUUUUGGUACUGGCUACAUGCAUUCUUUCUAGUGUGUAUACUGUUGAAACAGAAUGUAAUGUCUGUUACACUAUGUCAAGUAUGUGUUUUGUGACAAUGUGUUUGAUUUUUUAAAAAUACUCAUUAAACAUUUUCCACCAUA